AUGACUACAGCUCACAGACCAACGUUCGAUCCGGCACAAGGAAAAGAGGCCCUUCGUGGCCCGGCCUACCACCAGCGUCUCCUUCCCGCUCAUACACACUUGAAGACCCGCCAACCCGGACAAGGUGGCGACGCAGACGCAGCCCCUCGCGACUUGCGCGCCGAGCUUCUCCAGGCUGAGGCCGCUCAUUUCGCCAAGAAGAACGGCGUUCCCGUCGACACACCCGCUAUCAUCGAAUCAGCCCCCAAGCGCCAGCUCGAGGCCGCACCCGAAGAUGCUAGUGACGAAUUACAAGAAGAAGACCCAGAAGCCAAGCGCAGACGGAUAUUGGAAGAGUCGCGUGAUAUAGACGCCGAUUCCGAUGGGUCAGAAGAAGACAGCAGUGACGAGGAUAGUGACGACGAGGACGAAGCAGCAGAAUUAAUGCGCGAGCUGGAGAAGAUCAAAAAAGAGCGUCUUGAGCAAAAAGAGAAAGAGGAGCGCGAACGGGCUGCAGAGGAAGAGGAGCAGCGUGAGGUUGAUAUCGCACGCGGCAACCCUUUGCUCAACGCUCAAGACUUCAAUAUGAAGCGUCGCUGGGACGACGACGUUGUGUUCAAAAACCAGGCCCGAGGAACGGAGAACCGCGAUGGAAAGGAAUUCGUCAACGAUCUACUUCGUUCCGACUUCCACAAGCGCUUCAUGGGCAAAUACGUGCGUUAG